CGACGCCAGUAAAAUGCCAGAGGUGUCUGGCAAAUAAGCAUAAAGAAUAGCACUGGAGUUGAGAACGCGCUCGUGGGCUCCAGGGAUUCAAAAGAGUGGCUGUCGUGACGUCACUUUUGCGGGAAAAACACGCGUGUCUCUCCAUUAGGACACGUGUUUUUACUGGAGUUGGAGAGUUUUCCAAAAGGUGGACAGGAGAAAGGGUUCGAGGCAGCAACACAUGCCUGUAUGGCUCAAGGGGCCCAGGUGGCAUCCAGGGCCGACCUGCAUCACGCAGUGUUGGAAUGUGCCUUCUCAGCCUGCUCGCGUGGUUGGCUCUCCGGACCGAGUGUUGGGACUACAGUGUGCAGCGGCGUCCCGGGCAGUUUGAGGCCAGUUGAUGUGCAGUUGGAGAAUUUCACUAGGGACACUGAGAGACUGGGCGUGUUCUGCGUGAAAGAUAGCGAUGCUCCAUGUGGCCAGCCACCUUCAUUCCCACACUCACAUCUGCAGGGGAAAACUGGUCUGGACCUCGGGGAUGAACUUCUGUAUACCUGUGACCCAGGAUAUAAACUUCCCAAUGGAGAUACGGGCUUCAGCCUGCUUUGCGACAGUUGUGGAGAAUGGUACGGAAUGGUGCAGCAUUGCCUGAAAGAUGAUCCUGAAGGCCACAUCGACUAUGAAGAUAAGUUCACAGAUGGGCAUCUCCUUGAAAAUCUGAGGGAGGAGCAUCAUAUUUCUUUGAAUCCAGGAGGAACGCAGUCCACUGUUCAUGAAGUAGAAGAAUCCUUUCCUGAGCCAGAGCCAGAGCCUGAGCAGACAGUCAUGUCUGAAGAGGAGAAGGAGAAUGAUGGAGAUUCAAUAUCAGUCACUGAACCUCCAGUGUCUCAACUCAGUCAGAAGCACAUGUUCUGGUUUCCUUCAGAGGCUUUCCAGGAAGAGAAGGAGCAGCCGGGUAUCACCACUGAUUUCUCCUCUGUUAAAAACCCCAAUGAAGAUGAGAGUCACAUGACGGUCAAAACAACCAACAGCCAGUCAGUUCCUGAUAUUAUCGCUGAGGAAAGUGACCAUUCUCCCACUGAUGAACCUACCCGUCCCAGUGAUGGUGGCUCAGACAAUUCCUGGUUAGAUGGAUACCCUGUUCCUCAAGAUGAAGAUAAAGCUGGAGGUGAGUCCACAGGGGAGGCAGGGCCAGAACAAGAUGUAGAGUCAGAAACAGAGACCUUGACUGGCCACUCUGAAGUUGAGGUGUUUGAGGAUGUAAACAAAAACCCUGUGGAAGAAGACACCGGGGGUUUGAUUGACAACCCUGAAGAGGACGAAGAUGGAGAAAUAAAAAAUCCAAAGGACACAAUCCACAUGAAAGGAGAUGAGGAGGAGCUCGGUAAAGGCACAACAAGACUUGAAAAGGAAGAGUCUGUUGUAACACCUUAUGAGGAAACAACUGAAGGACUUUCAAAAGAUGAAAUGGUGAAAGAAACGUACACACCAGAGGAAACGGAUUCUGAUGGAUCCAAAACAUUGGGGUUUGAUGGUGUUACUGACAGUCCAAAUGGUGUGGAGGUGAAGCCUACCACCUUCAUUACUCAGAUCACACCCAGUCCAGAUGAUAUUGCUGUACACAAGCGGCCCACGCCGUACACACCAGCUUCCGCUCCUGAAAACGUGAGCACUAGUCAAGGCGGCCUGGGCCCUGAGAACACAUCCACACCUUCUGGGAUGGUACAUCUGGAUGGUCCACCUGAUUAUAUCACCAGCAUGCCCACACCCGUCAUCAAGGAUCCAUGGGAAACCUUCGAUGACCACUUCCUGGAGCACAUACCUGGUCACGUCCCAACUGAAAACCCUGAAAAUCAGAGCUUGAUGGAAAGAGGUGGAGAUCACAGCCUCGAUCAACAGGAGCGGGCUGGAGAGGGUGCUUGUGCUGAAGACCCCUGUCAUGGUUCAGGCCGUGGGCCAAUGAUCGCAGCCAUUAUCGUUGGCAUCGUAGCAGCAGUGGUGGGUGUGGUCUUGGGGGUAUGGUAUUAUAAAAAGAGGCAACAAAAGAGCUCUCACUACCAGCUCAAUGGAACUAACAGGCAAACGCAGUGCAUUGAGUUACAACAGACUGUGUGAAAGUCACACAGAUCCUCAUAAAGCCACACAGCUUACUCAGUCAUCCAUACAAAGCCAUUUAUGUGUGAACAUUACAGUCUACGUCCACUGGGGCUCAGCUAAAUUUAGAGUAGAAAAAGUGCGAAAUCUAUCUUUCUAUCUACAUGUAUCUAUCGUUAUACCAUUUUUCUAAUUUUGUAGUAAAAUUACAGUUAUAUUAAUUUCUUAAAUAUUUUAAUUCACUUAAAUUUCCUUCAAAUUCAAGAAUUGCAUUGGAAAAUAAUCUUAAUUCAAUUCUGAAUGCCACACAACCCUGACUUUCACGCUAACACAAAGAGUGUCUCUGUUUAACACUCCUUUAUCGCACAAGGUUGGAUUGUUUAGUGCUUACUUAGAUAGUAUUUCUGUUUUACAAUGUUUUCUUUUUCUUUAUGUUUCCAUUGUAUUGUGGAUAAUUGAUGGAUCAUGAAUCUGAUGUCUUCUCUUGCUUUGGACGGACUGGUGGUCGGUGCAUGUGUAUAUGGGGUGCCCAUCUGUCCAGAUUUGUACAUGUUUAUAGCUUUGUCCAUUAGUGAGUAAGCGUGUAUAAGAGAAUCAUUGUGACUUUAGCCAGUUUUGGUUUUGAAAGAGAGCAGUCAGUUCAAAAGAGAGUGUGGUUGAACUGUGUGCGCAAUUGAGAGUUUCUAGCUUGCAGACAGGUGAUACAUUCUGGUCAGGUGAAUUCUGAUUGGCUUUCAGCUCUUACAGUCCCAGAGCAGGCAGAAUAAAUAGCUUUCUUCCCUAAGUUUAGAAUACAAUGAGCAUUUGUUCAUUUCAAACUGUUUUCCUAUAAAUAAGUGAGUUUCUUGGGGUUGAGCUCAGGACUCAGAAAGAUUCACACUCACAG